AUGGAUGAUGAUAUAGCUGAAUCAUACGGUUGUAUGACGGCCGAUUGGCUGAGCGAACAACUGGCAGAUUUUAUGUAUACAUUUGAAAAUGAUUCUGAUGGAGAGUUUAUUGCUAAAGCAAAUAAUCUCUCCAAACAGUAUUGCCAAAAAGGUGAAGAUUUCGUCAGUGAAUUGAUUGCAUUUGCAACAAAUCAGAAUCAAACACACGUGAAUCUUUCAAUGUUGGAUAGUUUCGAGCAAUUGGUUCUUAAUAGAGCUAUCCAAAAUUGCAAGAAUGAGUCAUUCAAUAUCUCUCAUACGAAAAUCUCAUUUAAUGAAUGCAAUAAGAAUUCAUGGCUUGAUGAGAAUAGUAUAGCUGACAGUACAAUUAUAGAUUUUUCAACCGAAAAUUUUACUUUGCCCGAGAAGUAUUUGGCUUUCACGCCAAUCAGAAAGUCCACAUCUGAUGUCGCAUAUCAGAAUCGCAAAGACUCGGGCAAACUUAUCGUGAAAUUCACAGGAAAAAAUUUCACUGCAAAAAGAAAUAAUGAAACCAAAGGCAGCAAUAUAUGCAAAGUCACUGUGGAAAAACUGUAUGCUGAUGAUUACAAAAAUUUGUUACAAUAUGGUGCCGAAAAAGAUUUGGAACAGGUUGAAGCAUUCAUUUCACGAGUUCGGAAUUUAUGCGAUAUAAUCAAGGAAGAAAAUGAAACACUAGCUGAAGAAGAACAAAUGGAUUCAUUAUUGCUGAUAAGAAAUUUAUGUGCUGGGUUCAUCGUGAAUGAUACGGAAGAUCCAUUAGAUGUCUCAAAUUGUUCAUUGCAAUGCGUUGAUCAGAAUGCUGGUAUUGUAAAUCUCGAUUUGAGCAAUCUUAAGACUUAUUCAUUGUUCCCAGGAAAGAUUGUUGCACUUCGUGGAUCUUUUGCUGGUGAUACAUUUGUGCCAUAUGAAAUUUUCGAACCUAAGGAACCAUCUAUUGCACCUCUUAAAAAACAACCAAACAUUGACCUGCUUCAUGUUUGGUGUGCCUGUGGUCCGUUUUCUUCUUCCAAAACUCUCUCUUAUGAACAGCUGUGCGAUUUAAUCGAAUUAGUGAGGAAGGAGCGACCUGAUAUUCUAAUUUUGAUUGGGCCAUUCAUUGAUCGAACGAGUCCAAUAGUGAAGUCACCUCAAUGUUGCUACACCUACGUCGAUCUUAUGGACAUGCUUCUUACAAAAAUUGAUGACGCUUUAUCAGGGACUGAUGUUCAAGUGCUAAUAGUUCCAAAUGGAAGAAAAGAUGCUGCACUUCGACCAUCAUUCCCUACUCCACCAUUUCGUUCAUUUAAGCAACGAAAGGAGCAAUUAAGCAAAAAUAUAGUGCUUUUACCAGAUCCUGCAACCGUUCGGAUCGCCGGUAUUGAAUUUGCUAUAACAGCAUCGGAAAUCAUCCAGCACUUAGGAAAAGAUGAAAUAAGUCGUCUAGAUAAUUGUGAAGACCAGGACCGAAUAUCUCGACUUGUCCGAGAUUUAUUCAGACAACGUUCAUUAUACCCGUUAUAUCCCGCAGCUUAUGAUGUUACAUAUCGACUUCGUGAAGCUGUCGAGCGCGCAUCACUCUCUGUAAUACCUCAUAUCAUUAUUUUGCCGUCAGUACUCGCGCCUACUAUUAAGGUAGUCGCCGACUCAGUAUUCGUGAACACCAAUGCACUAGUGCGUGGAAGUAGUGGUACAUUCAUGAAACUGAAAAUUGACCUUAAAGAGACUGAUGUGAAAAAGAAUUUGCACACAUCAGUUGCUGAUUUUUGCGAAGUACAAAUUGUUCGAUUGUGA